AUGGAGACAGAAGAUAUGAUCAGUGGCCUGCCAAACAACAUAAUACACUCAAUCCUAGAUUUCAUGCCUACCAGAGAUGCAGCAAGAACUAGUAUUUUGUCAAGAAAUUGGAGGUUUACUUGGGCUUCCCAUCCAAAACUUGUGUUUGAUAAACAAUUUUUUGAUGAGACCAUCAACACCAGGAAAAAUGCAGCUUGCUUAAAAAAUGAAUUCUUGAAUGUAAUCAAUAAAAUUCUUUUAGUUCACAGUGGCCAUAUUGUAAAAUUUGUUCUCUACAUCCCGAAGGUAUGGGUUAAUCAGAGCCCAGAUAUUGAUCAAUGGAUACUAUUCUUGUCGAGAAACGGUAUCAAAGAACUCAUUCUUUUUGAUGCAAAUCACAAUCCCUAUCAUCUGCCUUCUUAUCUUUUCUCUCGUCCACAAUUAACCAGGCUGUCGCUAUGCAACUGUGUCAUUAAGCCACUGCAUCUUUCCGGAGGCUUUCGCAAUCUUGUUAGCCUUUAUAUGAAGCAAAUCUCAUUCGAUUCCAUUCUAUUUGGAACCCUAGUUGUUAAAGCCCCAUUGCUUCUGCAACUGAAGCUUUCUAGCUGCAAAGGUAUUAACCAUUUCAAUGUAAAUGCUCCAAAACUAAAAGAUUUACACGUCUCGAAUUGCCAUGGAGUUGAAUUGAUGUGCUUUCGAAGCAUGGCGAACUUGAAAGAUGUCUCUAUUGUUUUUUCAUUUCGGAAGGUGAAAGAUGUCUCUAUUUCGCGAUGCAAAGAAGAACAAUUGCAUUUUCCAGUACAGAAUUCCAGGAAGGGGAAGAGCAUCAAUUUGAUCAGCUUUUUUGAUUACUUGCCUAGAAUUCGUCGUCUUACUUUGGAUGGCUUUUUCCUUAAGUAUUUGGAUGCAUGUAAUGUUCCAAAGAGGCUUCCCACUGCGGCUAAAAAGUUGAGGCAUCUUGUUCUACAUAAUUUUGAAUUUAACGGUGUGGAUCAGAUUUCGUGUGCUCUAUGCUUGCUUAGAAGUUCACCUAGCUUGGAGAUUCUUAAGAUCAAGGUUGCUGAUGAACACAAAGACAAUGCUCUGGAAUCAGCUAUACAUUAUCUGGAAGCACCGGACUGUAACGAACAUACCAUGAAAAAACUUCAAACCGUACACAUAUCUUCAAGCAAGGGUUCAAAGACCGAACUGCUCUUCAUAAAGCUUCUACUUGCAUGUUCGUCUUCCCUUGAAAAGAUGAUUAUUGAGACUAGUAAAAAAGUGGAUAUCAAUGAAGGACUUAGGAUUUCAAGAGAAUUAAUGCUCUUUUCUCGAGCAUCACCAAAAGCAGAAAUGAUAUUCUCGGGCUCUACUGCCAGUUAG